CCUGUUCCCCGACCCCUUGCACCCUGCUCUCCCUAGUCCCCUGGCAUCCCCAACCCCCUGUCUCCCGGAUCCCCCAGCACCCCUACUCUCCUGGUUCCUCUUAAGUCCUCUUCCCUGGAUCCCCCCGAGGUCCUUGCCCCCCCGGUUUCCCCUUCUCCUUCCCACUCUGGGGAUUCCCCCACCCCACUUCCUCCUGGGUCGGCUUCUCUCCCCCCACCCUCACCUCCUCCAUGACAAGCGCCCAGGACUAGCGAGCGGCUGAAGGAACCAUGUCCUAUGUCCCCUUUCGAGAUGUGCGAGGAGCCCCCAUGCACCGCAUGCCCUAUAUGCACUCUCCCUACGAACGCCCAGCGUGGAAUCCACGAUUCUGCAUCAUCUCUGGAAACCAGCUGCUUAUGCUAGACGAGGACGAGAUCCACCCGUUGCUGAUGAGGGAACGGCGAAGCGAACCCUGCCGGACCAAGCUGCUGCGCCGCACAGUCAGCGUCCCUGUGGAGGGGCGGCCCGAGCACGAACACCACGUGAGCCGCUCCCGGAGGAAGAGUGUCCCUGCAGGGAAGCAAUACAGCAUCAACAUGGACGCGCCCCCGGCACCCCCAUUCCGGCCCUCGCAGGGCUUCCUGAGCCGGCGUUUGAAGAGCUCCAUCAAACGGACAAAGAGCCAGCCCAAACUGGACCGGACCAGCAGCUUCCGCCAGAUCCUCCCACGGUUCCGGAGUGCCGACCAUGACAGAGCCCGCCUCAUGCAGAGCUUCAAGGAGUCGCACUCCCACGAGUCCCUGCUGAGCCCCAGCAGCGCGGCUGAGGCCCUGGAGCUCAACCUGGACGAGGACUCCGUCAUCAAACCUGUGCACAGCAGCAUCCUGGGCCAGGAGUUUUGCUUCGAGGUCACCACUGCGUCUGGCACCAAGUGCUUUGCUUGCCGCUCAGCCGCAGAGCGCGACAAGUGGAUCGAGAACCUGCAGCGAGCCGUGAAACCCAACAAGGAUAACAGCCGGCGUGUGGACAAUGUGCUGAAGCUGUGGAUCAUCGAGGCGCGGGAGCUGCCACCCAAGAAGCGCUAUUACUGUGAGCUGUGCCUGGACGACAUGCUCUAUGCCCGCACCACCAGCAAGAUGCGCACAGACAAUGUCUUCUGGGGCGAGCACUUCGAGUUCAACAACCUGCCGGCCGUGCGCACCAUCCGCCUGCAUGUCUACAAGGACACGGACAAGAAACGCAAGAAGGACAAGAGCAACUAUGUGGGCAUGGUCAGCAUCCCCAUCGCCAGCGUCACCGGGCGCCACUUCGCCGAGCAGUGGUACCCGCUCAGCCAGCCCAGCACCAGCAAGAGCAAGGCCGGCUGCCCCGCCGUGCGCGUCAAGAGCCGUUUCCAGACCAUGAGCAUCCUCCCCAUGGAGCUGUACAAGGAGUUUGCUGAGUACGUGACCAACAACUACCGCAUGCUGUGCGCUGUGCUGGAGCCGGUCCUGAGCGUCAAGAGCAAGGAGGAAGUGGCCUGUGCGCUGGUGCACAUCCUGCAGAGCACUGGCAAAGCCAAGGAUUUCCUCUCGGACAUGGCCAUGACGGAAGUGGAUCGGUUCAUGGACCGGGAGCACCUGAUAUUCCGGGAGAACACCCUGGCCACGAAAGCCAUAGAGGAGUAUCUGAAACUCAUUGGUCAGAAAUACCUCAAGGACGCCAUUGGCGAGUUCAUCCGGGCGCUCUACGAGUCAGAGGAGAACUGUGAGGUCGACCCCAUGAAAUGCUCCUCAUCCACCCUGCCUGACCACCAGGCCAACCUGCGUAUGUGUUGUGAGCUGGCGCUCUGCAAGGUCGUCAAUUCGCACUGCGUGUUCCCACGGGAGCUGAAGGAGGUGUUUGCCUCGUGGCGGCUGCGCUGCGCGGAGAGAGGCCGCGAGGACAUCGCUGACCGGCUGAUCAGUGCCUCGCUCUUCUUGCGCUUCCUGUGCCCAGCUGUCAUGUCGCCCAGCCUCUUCGGGCUCAUGCAGGAGUACCCAGACGAGCAGACGUCCCGCACGCUGACCCUCAUCGCCAAAGUCAUCCAGAACCUGGCCAACUUCAGCAAGUUCGGCAGCAAGGAGGAGUACAUGGCGUUCAUGAACGAGUUUCUGGAGCUGGAGUGGGCCAGCAUGCAGCAGUUCCUCUAUGAGAUCUCAAACCUCGACACCCUAACCAACAGCAGCAGCUUUGAGGGCUACAUCGACCUGGGCCGCGAGCUCUCCACGCUGCAUGCUUUGCUCUGGGAGGUCAUGCCCCAGCUCAGCAAGGAAGCCCUGAUCAAGCUGGGCCCCCUGCCUCGGCUGCUCAACGACAUCAGCGUCGCCCUCAGGAACCCGCACAUCCAGCGGCAGCCAAGUCACCAGGGGGAGCGGCUGCAAACCAAGCCCAUCAUCCUGCGGGGGCCAUCCUCUGACAUGCAGCCCUACAUGAUGCGUGACCUCAACAGCUCCGUCGAUCUGCAGCCCUACAUGGUGCGGGGCCUCAACAGCUCCAUGGACAUGACCCGGUUGCCUUCGCCCACCAAGGAGAAGGGCUCCAAGGACAUGUUCUUUGUGACACGCCCACCCCUGGCCCGCUCCUCGCCCGCCUACUGCACCAGCAGCUCCGACAUCACUGAGCCUGACCAGAAGAUGCUGAGCGUCAACAAGAGCGUCUCGAUGCUGGACCUGCAGGACAGCCGCAUGAACAGCGUCUCCAAUCUGCAGAGCGUGGGCGACAUGCUCAACAGCAGCCAGGCCUCCAUCACCGCCGCCAUGGGACUGCGGCCCAGCCGCCUCUCGCAGGGCAGUGGCUCCAGCAUCGCGGCUGGCCUGCGGCUCAGCCACAUGGGGGUCACCACUGAUGGGGCUGCAGCCCAGCAGCUUAGGGUGCCCCUCUCCUUCCAGAACCCCCUCUUCCACAUGGCCUCAGAUGGGCCCUCAGCCGCACCCUCACACCGGCCAUCUGAGGGCAACCCCGACACCUUUGCCCCCUUCCACGGCUACAGCAAAAGCGAGGAUCUGUCUGCUAGUAAGCACAUCAUCCACAGCCACAGCUACAGUGACGAGUUCACCCGCCAGGGUUCUGAGUUCACCAAGCGCCAGCUCUCGCUGCAGGAGAACCUGCAGAACAUGCUCUCCCCACCACAGAUCACCAUCGGGCCCCAGCCCCAGCGAGCCCCACCCCAGCCGCAGCCCCAGGCCCCGCUUCAGCGCGGAAAGUCCCAGCAGCUGACGGUCAGCGCUGCUCAGAAACCCCGGCCCUCCAGCGGCAACCUGCUGCAGUCACCCGAGCCCACCUAUGGGCCAGCCCGCGCCCGCCAACAGUCAGUCACCAAGGAGACGCCCUCUGCGCUCAAGCCAACCAUUACCAAGCAGCCAUCGCACACGCCUUCCACGCUGAACCCGGUCAUGCCGGCCUCUGAGCGCACCGUGGCCUGGGUUUCCAACAUGCCACACCUGUCAGCCGACAUCGAGAGCUCCCACAUCGAGCGCGAGGAGUACAAGCUGAAGGAGUACUCCAAAUCCAUGGAUGAGAGCCGGCUGGACCGGGUGAAGGAGUACGAGGAGGAGAUCCACUCAUUAAAGGAGCGGCUGCACAUGUCGAACCGCAAGCUGGAGGAGUAUGAGCGGCGCCUGAUGUCGCAGGAGGAGCAGACCAGCAAGAUCCUGAUGCAGUACCAGCAACGGCUGGAGCAGAGCGAGAAGCGGCUGCGCCAGCAGCAGGUGGAGAAGGACUCGCAGAUCAAGAGCAUCAUUGGCAGCCUGUCCCUACAGGUUGAUGCUGGUGGAGGAGGAGCUGCGCAGGGAUCACUCGGCCGCCCACGACGUCUCCGAACCCCGGAAACGCCUGCUCGACGCUCAGCUUUUCAUCAGGUAACUCUCUCUGACUCUGCUUUUGUCACGUGGAGGGAUCGGGGGGACUCUCGCCGUUCGGUAGCAGAUCAGGAGAGGCAGCUUUCCGCCGUGGGUACAACAAACCCGCGUUUGAGCGGCGCCCUGGCCCAGCCAUGGAACGGGAUCCUGCCCGCCCAGCCACCGCCUCCGCCCCCGCGACUCCAGAUCACGGAAAAUGGAGAGUUCCGCAACACCGCUGCUGAGCACUAGCCACUGCCCCCGCGAGACGCGGCCCGGGGGAUACAGGGGGCACCCCCAGCCCGCAGCUCAGCGGGAGCAGCAGAGACCCUGGCAGGGACACAGUGCCCCUCCCAAGCAAAUAAACCUGCACUGGGGGAGGCACCCCCUUUGCCCCCUCACCUUGCACCAGCGCCCCCCCCCCCGUUCCUGCCCCCGUGAACCAGCCCCCCACCCCCCUCCACCUGCACUGUCCUUGGGGACAGUUCAAUGCUUUGAACUCAACUUCAGGGUGUUUUAUAGCAGAACACAGAUGACAAUCUUACACCCCCUCCUCCCAUACACCUUCCCCUCUCCUCCCAGAGGGAGCAGGGCUGACACCCCCCCCCCAUGGACCUCUGCCUCCCCUUGGAGGAAAUUGGGACAUUAUCUCUUCCCCACUUCAUCUCAGGAGUGGUCUUAUCUUCCCCUGGCAGCCAUUUUAUGGUAUUGCCCCCUCCUUUCCUGGUGUGUGCGCAUGGGAGGGGGGAGGGAGUAAACUCACCUCCAACCUGCCCUCAGGAGCCAUGGUGGGGGGGGGGGGCAGAUAGGGGGCUGAUUUUGGUUGGCCGUGUUCCUGGAGGUUUCAUCACAUGACCUAAUCUUUAAUGAAAGUUGAGUUUAAUUCCUGGAGACAAUCCUGGGGGGUUGGCAACUGAGACUGGAGGCAACUUGAGCCAAAGCUGUCCCAAUUUCCCGGCAUGUGGGGGGUCUCUGCCUGGCUCCAGCUCCCCGGGACAGGGGCAUUCCCUAGAGGGGGUCGAGGUUUCACUAAGAGGGAAGGGGCUCCCAGCUCUUUGUCCCAGUAUUUCUCUCUCUCUCCCCUCCCUUAAUGGGAUAUGGGUCAGGGUGGAAGGCUUGUGGAGUUGCAGGUACUCUCCCUGCCCCACCCAUCACACGCUAGCUUCACCCCCAGUAAGGCAGGGCUGCCCCACACCAUUGCCCUGGCUAAGGGAGAGACUACCCCCUUUCCUGCCUGUCCAGGGUCAGUGCUGGGGUUUGCCCCUCACCUCUGCCAUUCCUACCUGGUGUCAGCACUGGGGAGUCUCCCCCCAGCUCCCACCUGGUGUCAGCACUGGGAUCCCAUCACCCUCUCCCUCUGCGCUCUCUAUACUCUGAUAAAGGGCUUUGCCUGCUCAGCCCCUCCGUGCCCCCCCCCGUGUGUCCUGCACCCACCCCAGUCUUUGGAAAUGACGAUUCUCUAGACAUUGGUCGGGUUUUUUCGGGGGGGGGGCAUUGAGGGAGGGGCUUUUUCUUUCCUUCCUUCCUUCCUGUUCUCAGACCCCCCCCAUCUCCCCAGUCUGGGGUUGGUGGGGGGGAACAACCAACAAACUAAUUAAGAAGCCAUUUCUCUGCCCACCCACGGGCGCGUGCAGGGCAGCGGGACGGGGGAGCGCCCCCCCCAACACCUGAGCACGUAGAACUGGAGGGGACUCUUGUGGCUAUUCACCGUCGUGCUAUGGUCUGAGCUGCUGGGUGAAUGUGUUCAGCGCAGUGAUUGUACUGGGUGUUUCUUUGCUGUUUCUGUGUCUCUAUUUCAGACUCUGGCGAGGACAAGACUCGCCAUUAACCAGCCCUCCUCUGCCCCCAGCCCCACCUCAGUCCGUAUUUCUUUUGUAAGGACUCUCCCCUUCCUUCCCCUCCCCCCCAACAGUGGCGACUCGGGCGGCGCCAUGAUAUUUAUACGUAUUAAUUAUUAUUAUUAUAUAAAAGUUUGUACAUAUGUGAAAUUUCCUCUCCCCCACCCGCCUCCCCCAGCUCAUCCUGGCCGUAUCGCCCUCAGGCUGGGUGCUGUAAUUACCACCGGAUUUGUACUGUACAUAGACCUCUCCGGACCUCAGUCUCUGUACAUAGCCCCCCCACCCUGGGAAGGGAGUUCAGGUCACGAGCGCCCGCCCCGAUGCCGCGUCGGGCUCCCCGGGCGUCUCUCUCUCUCUCUCUCUCUCCCCGUUUCUUUUAUGUCUGUUUUAUUUUUUCUCAUUUUUUCUGGAGUGUGUGGUGCCAACGGAGAAACGUUUAAUAAACAGCGAUUGUUCUUUUA